UCUUCAAUAUGGCUGCGACCUUGUGAGAACGAGAUAAUGAGCUGGAUGCUAGCGAGUGUCCACUGUAGAACUAAGUUUUGAGAAGAAUUGUGAAGAUAAAAUAAUUUUAUUUAUUUUCAUGAAGAGCCUCCGUUUAAAUCUUGCUGCACUGCCAUGAUUUCCUCUCUGAAAUCGGCUUUUUGGGGACUAGCCAGUAGGACAAUCGGGAGCACAGGGUGCGUGUGUGCAGGUCUCUUCCAGAACCAUGUAAAGGUGGUGUCUGCUGGAAUGAAGACAUACGACCAACUGCCGGACUACGGCGAUAUUGUGUUACCUGAACGUCCAAAGCUUCCAUUCAUGAACAAAGUGCCCAACUUGAAGAAGGCCAAGAAGGAGAGGAAGAAGCUGAGUGACAUCCGGGGCCCCUCUAAGACCGCCAACACUUUCACCAACGGCCAGUAUGGCAUUGUAGCACUGGGUGGAGGUUAUCUGCACUGGGGACACAUGGAGAUGAUGAGACUGACGAUCAACCGGCGCAUAGAUCCCCGCACCACAUUUGCAUACUGGCGCAUCAAUGCCCCCUACAAGCCAAUCACCCGCAAGGGGCUGGGCCAGCGCAUGGGUGGUGGAAAGGGAGCCAUAGACCACUACAUAACACCAGUGCAGUAUGGGCGGCUGAUCGUAGAGUUAGGUGGCCACUGCGAGCUGGGGGAGGUGGAGCGCAUCCUCUCCGAAGUGGCCAAGAAACUGCCCUUCCCUGCCAAGGUGGUGAGCAGGGAAAGCCUUGCAGCUAUGCAGCAGGAGAAGGCAGAGCGGGCCACAAACAACCAGAACCCCUGGACCUUCGAGAGGGUGGUGACAGCCAACAUGCUAGGCAUCCGCAAAGUGCUGAGCCCCUACGACCUGCACCACCACGGCUGCUUUCGCGGAAAGUUCCACUUCCCGGGGAGAGUGUGAGGAGGGGACCGCAGAGGAACGGAUGCUCAUGCACACACUUUCACACUCUUAGGUAGUGCUGUUCAGUUUUGCCACCAUCUUGGAACCAUUUCAGAUCAUUUCUGCAUGUGCUUCCAUCUCCCUUGAUCAUGUGAGGUCAUCAAAGUUUGUUGCCAUCAACUGGUGCCUCUAAAGCACCAGCUAGGAGCUAUUCUGUCACAUGCACAAGUGUGUAGUAGCAGAAAAUAUACCAGUACUAUCAUAAGGAUUAGUACAUCAGUUGCAGUUGGAAACUUCAAACCGGCACAGUGCAGAUGAGAUGGCUAGAUAUAAAUGUGUAAUGUGUAAAGGUUUAAGUAUGUAAGGUUUCAUCCACAUAUAACAUUGCUUUUGAAAAAGUAAGUUUUUUAUUAAUAAAAAGAUGUUUACACUA